CCCAGGUGCACCGACUCAAUAAAUAGUAAACCGGUCAGUAUGAUUGCAAGUCAAUACAAAAGGGGUUCCCUCGUUAACAGUCAGCCAGAAGCAAAGAAGAAACCGAGCAUGACCAUGAAACAGAUUAUCAUCUUUGGGCUUCUACUCGGGCCCAUGUGGACGUACGGGAUGAAGUGCUAUGAAGACCACGAGCUGCAGGCUGCAGCCAUGAGGAAGCUGAGUUCCCACUACCCGCAGCCCGUGGAGCACCUGGCCGCCGUGGCCCCUGACUCACCUUUCUCUUGCCCCGUGGAGUAUUUCCCUCAGCAUCCGCAUCAGAACAUCCACGAGAGGUCCCUGUCUCCAUGGAGAUACGAACUCGUACUAAAGAAGGAUCACUUCCCUUCCACCUAUGCCCAGGCUAGGUGCCUGUGUGAUGGAUGCAUCCUGAUCCAAAACAAGAGCCGGCCGAUGGAGAGCCACGACUACAACUCACACCCCAUAACCCAGAAAAAGGUGUUUCUCAAAAAGGAGCCCUGCAAAGAUGGGAAGAAAUACUAUUUGAAGGCUGUUACUGUUGAUGUAGCUGUGGGCUGUACCUGCCUCAGAGCCAAGAUCUUCUCCUAGAAGGGGUCCAAUCCAGACCUACUUUCACACUGAAACACUACAAUUCAUGUUGUGUUUGUUUUAAAAUGCAUCAAGUUCUUUAGAAAGUCUAACUCAGCGGGUGUCAGGUCCAUCAUAGGGACCAAUUGUCCAGCAUGCUCUCUGAUUCUCUGAGUUAAACUUGGAUUUAUGAUUAAGAGUCAAAAGGUACAUGAGCCUUUAUUUAUUUAUUUUUUAUCACAAUUGAGAGGUCUAUAAUGUGUGUUUUGUAGGUCUUUAUAGGCUGCAUGCUCUUUAUUCUGACAGGUUUACAGCUCUGUCAAGUAAAGCGAUUAUGUAAACUGCGCAUUGGACUACUUUUCAUAUUGAUGGGCUUGCCAUCGAAGACAACAGCUAUUGUAUAGUUUUGUAAAUUAAUAAUUUAACCACUAAUAAUAUUUGAAUAAUUAUAUAUUUAUUUGUUUGUUUUGUGUGUGAAGUGUUUGGGCAUUUGAAUGCUUUAGAAUGCUUAUGAGUGAAUAAGGAAAACUUUGUAUUUAUUCAUAUCGGAUAUCUUGCAGGUUUUGUCCCAGUGGGACUUAAUAAGUCUGAUGAAGACUAAAUGUUCAGCUUCUUUGAAGCAAAAUAAAG